AUGCAAUCGAUGCCAAAUAACUUAUAUUAUCAACCAAAUUCUGAAUACGAACAAAUAAUGAAUAAAUAUCCGUUUCACGAUUCGGGCAUUGCUGAUGAAGGUCUUUCCGAUGAAACUGGUUCAAUCGAAGAAGAAUAUCGUAAACAAGAAAACGAUAAAGAUGAUAAUGAAAUACCAAAGAAACCAAAUCCAUCGUAUUUAGAAAUAAUUGCUGAAGCAAUCUUAAAAGCACCCAAUCGUAUGAUGCAACUAUAUGAAAUUUAUAACUAUUUUCAGCGCAAAUAUCGUUAUUUUGCUGAGGAUGUGAAUAAAUCAUGGAAAAAUAGUGUAAGACAUAAUUUAUCAUUAAAUGAUUGUUUUGUUAAAGCAGGACGAGGAUCAAAUGGCAAAGGACAUUUUUGGCGUAUACAUCAUCUGGCAGAGCCAGAGUUCGAGCAAGGUCGUUUUCGACGUCGUCGUUAUCGUCAAGAAAUGCGUCGAUUGAAUAUGCAAGCAUCAUCCAUGCAUGAAUCAUCUUAUGUGCAUCAAUCAGUACCUCCAUUUUAUUCACCUUCUACAAAUCCAUAUUAUAUGUGUUCAUCAGCUCCACCUCCGUAUCAUGCAAUUUAUUCAACUCCAAAUACUUCUACAGAAACUCACGCAAUAAGUCCACCGGCGUUACAAAAUGGUUGUUUGUCAUCAUCAACACCAAGUCCCUAUCCAUUUUAUGAUCAAUAUUCCGCACAUUACUAUCCAACACAUUAUAAUUCAAUGGCUUCGUCAUAUGCAAGCCCUAAUGAAUCAAUGAAUUUCGAUGCUUAA